CUGCUGAAUGUCUGGUCAAGCUCUGUUAUGUAAAGAAAAGAACUUGCUCUAAGUAUUAAGCGGACAUGGCAUGUAAGCAUAAGGCAUUAUGACGCAAUGAAAUAAAAAUGAUUAUACUGUAGAAUUCCACUGCAACUUUAUAAAAGAGAUUGUGAGCAGCCAGUCGCCUCUGAAAUUCAGAAGUGGUAGCCAGAGGAAUAGCGUGAACGAUAUUUCAUACUUUAUCGGUCUCCGAACAAUAUUCCGUAUCAGAAUAGGACUGGUUAUCGGCAAAAUGGGGAAAUUCUUGCGCGAGAGAGUCAAUUACCGAAAAAGUGAAGUCACUGGAUUUUUACUUUUACAAAAGUUCACGAUCCUGAUUUCGGUUGCCGCAUUAUUUUCCACGGGGACCGCGGACUCUGGGGAGAAUGAAGCUCAAAAUAAUCAACGAGUAGCAGUGGUAACAGGAGCGAACAAGGGAAUUGGUUUCGCAAUCGUCAAAGGAUUGCUCGAGAAAUUUGAUGGGAUAGUCUACCUCACAGCAAGAGAUGAAGCCAGGGGAUUGGCGGCGGUUGAAGAACUCAAAAACGCUGGUUUUCAUCCAAGAUUCCAUCAACUGGAUGUUGUCGACGACGCGAGCAUUGAAAGAUUCAAAAAUUACAUAAACGAAACCUAUGGAGGAUUGGAUAUUCUCGUUAACAAUGCUGGAAUCAUGUACCUGGACGAUGCACCGGGAUCAUCGGAAGAACGCGCUGUGGAUACUCUUGAAGUGAACUACUUUGGUUUGUUGAACGUUUCGAAUGCUCUUUUUCCUCUGUUGAGACCCCAUGCCCGAGUCGUUCAGAUGUCAAGUAGCUUGGGACUUUUGUCUAUGAUACCCGGAGAAGAAUUGAGAGCGAAAUUAUCACGACCAGAUUUAACAGAGCCCGAACUCAGUCAGAUGAUGAGAGACUACAUCGAACUUGUGAAGACGAAUGCUCACGAGGCAGCGGGGUGGCCAAGUAACGAAUACAUAGUGAGCAAAGUUGGUGUAGCCGCUUUGUCGAGAAUCCAACAGCGAGCCUUCGAUUCGGACAGUAGAGAAGACAUCGCGGUAAACACCGCUCAUCCCGGUUACGUCAACACCGACCUCACAAAACAUCUCGGGGUCCUUAGUCCAGAAAGAGGAGCUGUGUCUUCAAUUUUCGCAGCUUUGUUACCAAAUGACACCGAUAUCAAGGGAAAAUUUGUAUGGAAAGAUAAGAGUAUUAUUGACUGGGAAACGUUCGGUGCGUAGAGCUCGUCGUCAUUUUUAAUCUUCGUCACCAUCGGUUGUACAAUAAAAGUAUUAUUUUAGUCGAAAA